AUGCCUCCCGCCAAGCACGUCGUUUUCGACGUCGUAGGAACGUGCUUCACAUUCGACGCCUUCUUCUCCGCCAUCGAAUCCCGCCUCGGAUCGCGACUCCACGCGCACUGCAUCCAACCCAAACUCUUCGGCUACGCCUGGAUGGAAGCCGCAGAGCGCGAAUACGCUUACCUAUCUAUGUCGCAUCGCUACCAACCCUUCCUCGCCAUCUUCGGUGCCAUCUUCUACCGCACGCUCGGGUUCGCCGGGAUUCCUGAUCCGCGGUCUUUCGCGUCGGACGAAGAUAAGGAAUUUCUGAUCAGGAGCUAUCACCAAUUGCAGCCACGUGAAGGCGCGGAUCACGCAAUCCAGAGCUUGCGGGACGCGGGGUUCACCGUGUGGUGCUUCACGACGGGGGAUGUGAGUCGGGUGAGGGGAUACUUUCUCAGCAGUGGCAUUGAUAUGCCUGUGGAGAAUUUCGUGUCGUGUGAUAAGGGGCAGUUGGCGAAGCCGGCGUUGGAAGCAUAUCAGCAGGUGAUGAGGAGGUUUGAUCAGUCUGAGGUGUUGUGGUUCGCGGCAGCGCACAUGUGGGAUGUUUCGGCGGCGAAGACUGCGGGUUUCCGAGGUGCGUAUUGCACGGCUUGGGAGAAGGAGUCGUGCUCGGAGAUCUUUGGCGAGAUGGAUGUUACGGCGGACUCGUUGCCGGAGUUGGCGGCGCAAAUUAUUUCUGCUUCAUAG